AUGAACAAGCUGACCCUUGCCCUGCGCCGAAAACCCAUCAUCAUCACCGUGGCCAUUCUUCUCGUGCUUCUUGCCGUUUCGCGCUGGAGUGCCUGGCGGUCCAAGGAUGCGUUGGUGUUGGACAACUUGGGUAUUUUCUCGCUGGUGUUUACUGAAAACGAUAAGAAACAAGACGAGUUCUACAAACGUAUGGAGAAGUUGCAGAGCCAGUUCAUGCUGAGCCAAGAUGCCCGCUUGACGGUCUUGGAGAAACAGAACAAGGAGAUGUUGGACUUGAUCCAUUCCAUGCGCGUUCCUCCUCCAGAUAUGACCAUCCGUGACAAGCUCAUUUUCAUGCUGCCUUAUGAUCCUGAUGCCAAGUUCCCUGGUUACAUCUGGCAGACUUGGAAACACGGCUUGAAUGAUGAGAAGUUCAACCCAUUGUACCGUGACGGUCAGUCCCAGUGGGCUGGCAAAAACCCGGGUUUCGUGCACGAGAUCUUCAACGAUGAUACCAGUUAUGCCUUCAUCAAGCAUUUGUAUGGCCACAUUCCCGAGAUCAUCGAGGCUUUCGAGGCUUUGCCAGAGGUCAUCCUCAAGAUCGACUUCUUCAAGUACUUGGUGCUUUUCGCUCGCGGAGGUGUCUACGCCGACGUUGAUACCUUGCCAUUACAGCCUAUUCCAAACUGGAUUCCAGAUAAUGUGUCGCCCACCGAAAUCGGUCUCAUUAUCAGUGUUGGUAGUGAAUCUUCCUCGCCUCAGUGGAGAAUGGAGAGCCACCGCAGAUUGGAGUUUGGCCAGUUUGUCAUUCAAGCUAAGCCGGGCCACCCAAUUUUGCGUGAGAUUAUUGCUCAGAUCACCAUCAAGACCUUGCGUAAGAAGAGACAAUUGAAGGACGGCGAGUACAUGGGAUUGCACGGUAACUCCAACGAUAUGCAAUUGGAGUUGUCCAGAUGGACUGGAAGCGGUGCUUGGACUGACGUUGUGUUUGAGAUCUUGAACGACUACGUCAAGUCCUCCAUCUACAAGUCUGUCACCUGGAAGGAGUUCCAUGACUUGACCACGCCCAAGUUGGUCUCCGACGUUUUGGUAUUGCCCAUCAAGUCAUUUGCUUCGGACAUUGAGGUUCCAAAGGAUGGCAAGAUCAGUGAUGCCAUUGCGUUCGUGAAGCAUUACAACGACAAAAUCUGGAAAACCACAUAG